AUGGAGGAAGGCUCUCCUGGUGUUUUCCUUAAGAACUAUCGACUGACAAAACAAGUUCGAGCUUCUAAUGACAGUGAGCAUGACACAGAUCUAGUGGGUGAGUCCGAUCCGAUCCCAAUGAUGUCAACUGAUGCAGGGGAAGGCUCCGACCAGGUACCUCAUUCAGAUUUUGGGGUGGCAAGUUUUAGGGAUAAAUUGAUGAAUAAGGUGAACAUGAAUCAGAAUGUGGGCAUCGAUAUUGACUCCUUAGAUGCUGAUUAUGAGGACCUGAAUGAUGCGGAUGAUGUGGUCAUUUCUCGUGGUGAGCGUGACCCAAGUAUUCAAUUUUCAGACAGAGCAAUGGAUCGAUUCUGUAAACCAUGGCAGAAUGCUCUUAUUUUUGAGCUUGAGGAGGACCUAAACUUUGUUCUCAUAGGUGGGCCUUGGAUAAUCGCAGGGCAGUAUCUUGUUAUGCAAAAAUGGAGGUCUGGGUUUUGCCCUGCUACUGCUCAUGUCACUCGAAUGGCUGCUUGGAUAAGAGUGUCUGCGAUUCAGCUGGAGUGUUUUGAUAAUUGGUACAAUAUUGAACAUGAAGGAUUGCCUGAUAUAUGUUACUUGUGUGGGAUGUAUGGGCAUAAACGAGAGCAUUGUAGUUUGAAAGAGCAGAGGGUUGAAGCGUUGGGUGAGGAGCAUCCAGUUGUAGGAGGACAAGCUAAUUUGGGCUUUGGUUUUAUGGAACCUAUUCAAGGGGAUACUGAUCUCGAACAGAGUUUGCGUGGCCCCUGGAUGAAUGUUGCUCCAAGAAGAAGACCUAAGGCUGAUGUUAAAAGUGAUGGGAGGAGGGAGUCUGGUGCUAAAUCAAAGGGAUCGAGGUUUGAUACUCUUAGAACGGGUAAUAAGACAUGGACUAAAUCUAAGAAUACCAAGUAUGGUGGUACCAGACAUGCUCUCAAUGAUAUUUCUAACAAGACUACCAAGGAUAUUAAUGCAAGUGAUGGGAGUGUUUUGAUGGCUUCUCUCCCUAGUCAAGCUAAGUAUGGUUCCUUUCAUAGUGCUCGAACAAAGAUUGUGGAUGGUAAGAAGGUUGUAGCCAUGACUCCCGUUUCUGAACAACUUGAUAGUUGGGGCCAUGGUCAACAUAUUCAAAAAGAUACAGGGGUGUAUAUUUUUGGCCACCAGCCUCCGAAUAUUGAGCCAUUGGAUGUAAAGAUUCAGAAAGGCUCCAACUUUGAAAGUGUGGAUGCUAUCUUGCAUUCUGAUGAUGAUGAUAGUGGGAAUCAAUUUGAAAAAAUGGAUCUCUCUGAAGGUCAUAUGGACUCCAUUGGUGGACAAGUGACAAGGGAUGCUUUCAACAUUGUUGAAGGCAUGGCUUCUGAUAUGGUCAAAAGAGAAAAGUUAUGGGAGUAUCUUACGUUUGUUGCGGAAAGUCAUGAAUUACCAUGGUUACUAGCUGGAGAUUUCAAUGACAUUCUAUCUAUUGAUGUAAAAUUGGGAGGGGCCUUCUCUGGUAGGUCUAUAGGUUUUAAAGAUUGGUUUGACAAUCAGGAGAUGCUGGAUUUGGGUUUUGCUAGACCCAAAUUUACCUGGACAAAUAAACGUGUGUUGGAAAGGUUGGAUAAAGCAAUCUGUAAUGUGAAGUGGAGAAGGCUAUUUUCUAAUGCCAAUGAUGGUGAUAGGAACACUAAGUUUUUCCACCUCACUACUGUUGUUCGGAAAAGGAGGAACAAGAUUGAGAGACUGAAGGAUAGCAAUGGGGAUUGGGUUGAAGAUGAUGAGGGAAUUAAAAGAUUGGGGCUGUACAAAUGCGUUGAUUUGUUUGAAGUCAGAGAAAGCUUAUUUGGUAUUGGUAGUCUUAAAGCCCUUUGGGCUGAUGGGUUCCCUGCGUGUUUCUAUCAGAGCCAAUGGCAUAUUUGUGGCCCUGCUAUUUUUAAUAUGGUUCAGCAAGUUUUUAUUGAUUGUCAGAUCCUAGAUAAGCUUAAUGCCACCUUAAUUACUUUGGUGCCUAAGGUGGCCAACCCUCAAACUAUGAUACAAUUUAGGCCUAUUAGCCUUUGUUCCACUCUUUACAAGGAACAAAUGCAUAACUUUAAAAAUUCAAAAGGCAAGAAGGGUUUUAUUACUUGGAAAAUUGAUCUCUCCAAGGCUUAUGAUAGAUUGAAUUGGAACUUUAUUGAGCAUGUGUUGGUGGAGUUGAGGCUUCCUGUUGAUUUGGUUCGUCUGAUCAAGAGCUGUGUUACUAUUGUAGUUAAUUUUGAAAAAUCUGCCAUUUAUUGCUCUCCUAACACUUGUAAGGAGCUUGCUAAGGAGAUUAGUUAUAUAUGUGGUUCACCCCUUACCAACAAUCUUGGAAAAUACUUAGGAAUGCCCCUAUUACAUUCUAGAGUCACGAAAGCUACUUAUGAAUCUUUGGUGGAUAAGGUUAAGCACAGGUUGGCCUCUUGGAAAGGUCUAAGCAAGGCUGCUCCAGUACUUGGAGAAGUAUUCUUCAUGGGACUGCCUUGUUAUCUCAAAGAUGGGGUGUUGCAGGUGACUGGUUUAGAUUGUGUUGUUUCUGAUUUCUCCAAGAAUGGCUGGUGGGAUGUUAACAAAUUACGCUAUGCUCUUCAUGAUGAUCUUGUUCAGAAAAUUCUUAAUGUGCCUGUUGGUUUCAUGGGUUCUAUCCCUGAUUCUCAUAUUUGGAGGCCUUCUCCUAAUGGAGUCUUCUAA